AAGGGGCAGCUUAGUGGGGGAGGAAGAGCAGGCGCGGGCUAUAGCGCUCACUUCGCGGCGAUAGGAGUCAAUGGCGGAUGUCGUGAUCCCCAGUGGUGGCGAGAUGGAGCCGGAGCAGCAUCAGCGGACGGAGAAGAGCAGCAGCGCGGGCCUCCUCAGGCUGGAGAGCAAUAGAGCCGCUGAGGACACCACACAAAAUGGCGGACGCUCUGAGAGCGGUAGCGCUGGGGAGGCGCUGCUGGUAGCUGCUGUUGCUGCAGAGGACAAGGCCCCCCCAAACCUCAGCAUCACUAGCAGCAGCCAGCGCAGGAGCAGCAUCUCAACGGCACAUGAACAACAGCAGCAGCAGCCGCCCAGCGAUGUGUUGGGGGGGCCUCCCCCUCUCCCUAAGCCCCCAGAAGACCUGCCUGUUAGGAGGAACUUUCAGAUCCCCAGGAAGAGCAGAGAAAAGAAAGCGCUUUUUCAGCCAGUAGCUAUGGGCUCUCGAGAAUUUGAAGAUAUAGUGAAAAUUCUGCAUUCGUCUUACCUGGAACCAAGUUCAGUGGCCAAUUUUAACUACAAGAGAGCCAGCCUAGUUCAUAGUGAAUUGUUGGAAAAGGAAUUCACAGAAAAACGCAGGGAGCUGAAAUUUGAUGGUCGCCUAGAAAAAGAGCUUUCUGAAACCUAUGGGUUUCUGAUGGUUGAUCGACCUCAGGUCCAAAGCAUAUGUGAAAAGGGGCUGCAAGUGGGCCACUCCAAAAUAACAAUUCUUGGCAGCCCUUCCAUGGGUGUAUAUAUCUCCAGGUAUGCUGAUUUAUUGCAAGCUAAUCCACUAGAAGCUGGAGCAACUGGAGAUGUGAUUAUUUUUAAAAUUAUAAAGGGAAAAAUGAAAAGCAUAUAUGACCACAUUGGUGUGAAAGCAAUGGAAUCAACAGUAAAGAGUGCAUUAGAUCCAACCCCAAAACAUGAGUGUCAUGUUUCAAAAAAUGCAAAUAAAGUAACUUCCUUGUUGGCUUACAGAGCAUAUGAACUUACUCAGUACUAUUUCUAUGAAUAUGGCUUUGAUGAGAUAAGACGAAGACCAAGACAUGUUUGUCCUUAUGCGGUUGUUUCGUUUACUUACAAAGAUGAAAUGGUGCAAGUACCGAAAUUCUUGCCCACAUCAAGAUCCAACAGCUUCAACACAGAUAGAAGUACAGAUAAAACUAACUAUACGUUAUGGAGGGGACAGCUCUGGAAUAAAGGGAAACUUUUAUGCCAUGUUUCUUUGAAGUCAGCAGCACGUCCUCACCUUCCAUGCAAGCUUCCAGAGAAGCUUGAUAUUGAGAAAGUUGUGAGCAUUGAUCAACUGAAGAAAAAAAUUUCACCAGCAUUGUUCUAUAAAGAAACUUACCUAGGAGCAAAAGAAGUGUUAAAGAACGGAAUGUACUGUAGUCUUUAUGAAGUUGUGGAAAAGUCCCGUUCUGGUAGUCACUUGGAGGGUUUACUGCAGAAGCUGGAGAAAGAGAAACUUGUUCUUGUUAAACCACUUCUGGACAGAGGAUUUCUUUUUCUUCUUUCUCCUUGGCAAAUGACAUCACCUUAUGAGCACCAAACUGGACGGUCCCGCAUGCUGCAUGCAUUGUUUCUAUUUCCAGAAUCUAGAGGUGUAAUCAGCUCAACACAAAAAAAUGUUCCAUUUGGAGCACAGAAAAAUGCAACUGCAGUGGUGUUGCAGGAAAAUCAGGAGAUCGUUCCAGAAUUCACAAAGUUUAUUCAAUCUCUACACUUUGCUUUAAUCCAGUCUCGUAAGGACACUACUGCAGAUUUCAAUACUGUUGUGGAAAAGUAUAUAAAUGAAUACUUGAAAAGGUGCUAUAGUGGCUCUGGAAAAUACAGAGAAUUUGUAUUAUAUCCCUACGAAUCACGGUUGGAUGACAAAAAAUUUCUUUAUUCUGCUCCAAAAAAUAAAUCUCAUAUUGACAGCUCCUUGCAAAACUAUAUUUUUGGUUGUGAGGCAUAUCAACUACCUGUUUCGAGAGCUAAGGAACUGAUGGAAGGAAAUCAGAAACUUCAACAGUUCAGUCCCAUCUCAGAUUAUGAAGCCACAGAAGACGACUCUGAUUUUGCAAAUGCAAAGACUGGGAAAAGAAUUGGUUCAAAAUGUGAAGCUUCUACUGCCAAGCGAAAAGCCCCUCAUCCAGGAGAUUAUGAUCCUGACAGACUCAAAGAGCUUAUUAACUUAAUCCAGUGUAGGAAAAAAAAUGUGGGUGGAGAGUCUGAUUCUGAAGACCUUAGAAAUAAAAGUGGUCUGAAACGGCAGCUAGAAAAACAGUCUGAAAAUUUGCGGAAACAUUUUAAAAUGACUGAAUCUUCAGAGAACAGUUGUCAGUAUGAAGGGGGCAGAACCUCGGAAUCGCCACACUCUGUUUUCUCAAUUAUUACUGGUCUUGGUGGACAUGAUACUGACUUGAGGCAGCAAGAUGUAUCCGACCCUGCUGUUACUGACACACAUGGCCUCAUUAAGCUGCUUUUAGAAACACUAGCUAGUGCAGGACACUUGGAUUCAUCGUUGGCACGGUCUGUAAAUCAAGCUUUAGGAUUAAGCACUGAUGAAAUUGAAGAGGAUCUGAGACAAAAAUAUGAAUAUGAAUCCAUUCCAGCACAGGACAAAGAUGAUCGUGAGCUUCCUAAUACUGCUCAGGCUGAACAUGUUAACUUUAAGGACCCACAGAGCCCAUUGAUACUGGACACUGAUGCAGCAUGUUUACCCUACCCUGUUGAUGUUGAUCUGCGGCUUUCAGCUAACGAAGUAGGCCUUGAACACACGCUACGUUUAAAAGAAGCAAGCACUGGAAGUGUUAGUAGUUUUGAAGACUACAGUCCCUGUCCUAGUACACCUGUAGAACAUGCUUAUCGCAGGCAACAUUCCAACUCAAAUAAUAUAGGAGAAGUUGGAAUGCACUGGAAACUUAUUCCAAUUACAGGAGGGGCAGGAAGAGGUCAAGAGGAUCAACUGGAAAAACAUGAAGAUAAGCGAACAGGUCUGAAAUCACCAGAGGAACCAUUGGUGUAUUUACCACCAAAGGAUGCUUUUCCUAAUGACCCCCGGGUAAUAAAUAGACCAAGAAGUUCUGAUUAUCAGUUUCCAUACUCUCCAUUUGCAGACACACAAAAGGGGACAGCAGAAGAUGGACUUUAUACAAGACAAAUGGAAAAACUUGAAGAUCAGUGUGGGCUAGCAGAUCAGCCUUUUACAACUAAGCAUUCCAUAAGUGCAAUAAUAGAGACUACAUUAUUAGAAGAAUAUAAUCUCUUUGCAAGAAAGAUUCAGGAAAUUUUGCAGCAAAAGAAUAUUGCAUAUGUCAGUGGAACGUCCACACCAAUCUUCUCGGCUCGAGAGAGGAUAAUGAGACUUUCUGAAUACAUAUGUUUACAAGCAUCAGAGAUUUCUGUCCAAGAAUAUAUAGAGAGACUGAGUGAGAAGUUGAAUAGUGUUAUUUUGUCCUCUUCAUGCAGUAGACAUACUCCACCAAUGUAUUCUAGUCCUGAAUCAGCAGAUGUAGUCACUAAUGCUGCCCUGAAUCCUCCAUCAGAAGUAUUGCCUGCUUGCAGGGACUCAGACACAGCGUUGUUAUCGGAGCCAUUGUGUAAUAACGUUGUGGAGGACCUAGAUAUUGUUGAGCAGUGUUCAUCAAGCUUUCCCUUAGCGAAAGAGGAAGAUCAUGCGAAUGCCAAAACAGAGGAUGAAUUGACAUCUGAUCAAACAUCUUCUAGUGGUGAUCUGAUAGAGCCACCAGAAAAGACUGAGAAAUCCCCAGAGAACUUAGGCAUUUCAACCCAACCAGCCCUUUCUGAUUUUAUAAGCCAGUUAAAACCUGAAGUAUUUAACAGUUUGGUCAAAAUUAUUAAAGAUGUACAGAAAAACACUGUGAAAUUUUAUAUUCAUGAAGAGGAGGAAAGCACUCUGUGCAAAGAAAUCAAGGAGUAUCUUACAAAAUUAGGUAAUACAGAGUGCCAUCCAGAACAGUUCCUUAAAAGAAGAGCUGCACUAGAUAAACUGUUGAUAAUUAUUCAAAAUGAAGACAUCGCCAACCUCAUCCACAAGAUACCUGGCUUGGUAACUUUGAAGAGGCUUUCUUGUGUCAGCUUUGCGGGUGUUGAUAGCUUGGAUGAUGUGAAAAAUCACACUUACAAUGAAUUGUUUGUGUCUGGUGGUUUUAUUGUGUCAGAUGAAUCUGUCCUUAAUCCAGAGCUCAUCACAGUAGAUAAACUAAAACAAUUCUUCAAGUUUCUUGAGGAUCUCAGUACCCCAGAUGGGAAAUGGCAGUGGAAAGUCCACUGCAAAAUACAAAAAAAACUUAAAGAGCUGGGGAGAAUGAAUGCUAAUGCCCUAAGUCUGCUGACGCUUUUGAAUACCUAUCAAAAGAAGCACUUGGUUGAAAUUCUAUCUUACCAUAAUUGUGAUUCCCAAACUCGAAAUGCUCCAGAGUUAGAUUGUCUUAUCAGGCUCCAGGCUCAAAAUAUACAACAGAGACAUGUUGUCUUCUUAACAGAAAAGAACCUCAGAACACUUUCCAGUUAUGCCGACAAUGGAAUAGUAGUUGCAACUGUUGAUGACUUCAUGCAAAAUUUUAAAAGUCUUGUUGGAUAUCACAACUUAGUUACUGAAGAAGACAGCCUCCCUCCCUCUGAUGUUCAUGAAAGACAAUCAGUUCUUGUAGAAAACGAUGAAAAGGAUGAGGAGGACAUGUCUCUGGAUUCAGGGGAUGAAACAUCACAAAUAGAAAUCUGCAAUGAUGCAUCUAAGUAUCAUACUCAUUUGGAAACUUUGCAGAGAGAGGCCAAGGGCUCAUAUGGAGUAGUUUCAAAAGAAAGCUGCAUAUCAGUUACAGAGUUAUCUCCUGAAGCACAAAUUGGUUUGAUGGAAAAGACUUCUAAAAUUGAUUUGGAAGAGAUAUUACCAAUUACUCCAGUUUCUACAACAUGCUCUGCUGAAGGAGAAAAACACAGUUCAGUUGAACAAGUUCCUUUCAAUAACUUCCAGGUUUAUAGUAGACAAUUAAGCAUGUCCCAUCAAUUCAGUCACUUUAAUGUACUCACUCAUCAGACUUUUCUGGGAACAACAUACCCAAUUUCUACAAGUCAAAACCAAGAAGGAGGCAACUAUUUUCUAUCUGCUUAUAGUCAGAGCAUGGAAACAGAAAAGUCGUCAUCACCUGGUAGUUGGGAUGUGAAUUGUGAUUCUUCCAGGCCAUAUUCAAAACAGAAAUAAACUGACAAGUCUUUUAUAAGUUGCUGUGGACUUUUCUGUUUCUAAAAUGGUGGAUUAACACAAUUUCUAUUUUAUUCUGGAACAAAAUGUUUCUUGUCCUUUAUCUCAAAUGUUUUCUUGUCUUAUUUAAAUCAUGAUGGCCUGUACUUGUUGAAAGCAUCUGAAAACUGAAAUAAAUAUAUAUAUUUUUUAACAUUUAUUGUACUUGAAUUAUCUUGUUUGUUGGCACUUUUAAGUUUCUACAUUUGUAUUUUACCUGUACUUGGGCUUCAGUUUGAAGUCUAUUCUAAUGUAAAACUGAAUGUUUGCCUAAAAUAUGUGAAACAGCAAAUUUUUUAACUGUAAUAGUAUCCAAAUCACAUUUCUUUACGUAAAUAUCAAAACUUAUGUAUUUAUUUGACAUUUGACACGAAUUUUGUACAAAUGUUUUUACGUACUAUAAGGCAGUGUAGUUAUUUUAAUGAAUAUAUACUGGAUUUUGGCUAAAUACCUCAAUUAGAGUAACCAAUGGUGCAGUUCCAUUACAAAAAUAAAAUAAACUCUUAAUGCACAAGGGACUUACUAACAA